UUCUGAAAAAAUCUCUUUAUUCUCACUUUCGCGAAUAUUUAUUAUUUAUAAUAUCAGUCAUUAUUUAUAUAAUUUAUAUCAAGUAUUACGUUAACCAUAUCCAUUUUUUUACUUUAACUGAUUAACUUAACCAAUAUAAUAUAUUUUUAAUAAACAAGUAGUUUAAUUCUUAAAAUACUGGAGUUUUCGUACUGAUAUACUUUGUAGGUCAAUAAAAAAAAAACUCAUCGAACAUCUUGUGAGCCAAAAAAAAUAAUAUUAUUACAACCAACAACAAGUAUAAAUAUUUUGCUCUAAACGGUUAUGGUUAUGUCAUUUGUAUAAUAUGGCGUCUUCCGAUUAUAUACCUGACGAUGAAAUUAAAUGGAAAACUUUGGAGUACAGAAUAUACAAGUGUUCCAGCUAUUCACCUUCUUAUUUACCAGAAAAUAUACUCGUUGAUAAACCUCAAGAUCAAUCUUCUCGCUGGUCUCCAGAUCAUGAUCACUAUCCACAGUACUUGAUCCUCAAACUUCCACGUCCAUCAAUUGUUAAAUAUAUAACAUUUGGAAAAUUUGAAAAAACUCAUGUAUGUAACAUGAAAAAAUUCCUCAUUUUCGGUGGAAUGGAGUGUGAUAACAUGACGGAAUUAUUGAAAGGAGGACUGAAAAAUGAUUCAAUACCAGAAACAUUUGAAAUAAAACAUAAAAUAGGUGUUGAUCAAACGAUAUACUAUCCCGUAAGGUUUAUAAAAAUAAUGCCCAUUCAAUCAUGGGGUCCAAGCUUCAACUUCAGCAUUUGGUAUGUGCGUCUUACUGGAAAUGAUGAUCCUGCAAUUAUAAAACCUUGUAUUACAUGGGUAAAUCAGUACCUCCAAAAUGAGAUAUUAAGACUGUGUAUGAAGCACUUUCGCCGUAUAAAGCAACCUGACAUUUUUCAAACGCUUCGAAAAGUAUCAAAUGUAAAACUUGAAGAUCAGCGGCUAUCAGUUUUGUAUGAUAUUUUAGUGAAUAAAGGAGAUUAUGUAGAAGUUGAGAAAUUCAUCACGGAAGCAGUAUCAUCCGGGCUUUUAGAUGACUACACAAACAGUCAACCUUAUCGAGCUGUGUGGACUAAAGUAACGUGUGAAGAUCCAAAACCAGGAAUGCGAGGAGGUCAUCAAAUGGUCUUAGAUGCAUCAGCAGAAACUUUGUAUCUCUUUGGAGGAUGGAAUGGUAAUCAAGAUUUAUCAGAUCUUUGGUCUUACAAUAUUAGCACAGGUAAAUGGACUUUAAUAUGCAAAGAUUCUGAAGAUGUUGGAGGACCAAGUGCUCGGUCUUGCCAUAAAAUGUGCCUUGAUCCUGAACGACGACAAUUGUUCAUAUUGGGAAGAUACUUAGAUACUCAAUAUCGCUGUCCCGAGAAUCUAAAGAGUGAUUUCUAUGUUUAUGAUAUUGAAUCAAAUAAAUGGACUCAAAUAUCUGAAGACACUAGUGCUGUAGGAGGUCCAAAAUUAAUUUUUGAUCAUCAAAUGUGUAUAGAUGUCACCGAACGAAUGAUUUAUGUAUUUGGCGGACGUAUAAUAGCACCUUCUGGUGGUGUUGAAGAACACGGUAUGUCACUAAGUCCAGUAGAACCUGUUUUUUCAGGUCUUUAUUCUUAUCAUAUUCCCACAAAUACUUGGAAACUUUUAGCCUGUGAUAUUGCACGACCGAGUCCGAUGAAUGUGCCAACAAUACGAUCGAGAGUCGGACAUUCAAUGUUGUUUUAUCCUCUUGACCGAAAGUUGUAUAUUUUUGCUGGUCAGAGAAGUAAAGAAUAUCUUAAUGAUUUCUUUACUUAUGAAGUUGAUACCAAUAAAAUUGAGCACAUAAGUUUGACUGAUUUUGGAAAUGAAGAAUCUAAUCAUAUUCCUGCAGCAGGUUAUACUCAAAGAGCUACUAUAGAUUCGAUGCUUAGUGAAAUGUACGUUUUAUCAAGCUUGAGUAAAAAUAAAGAUAAACGAGAUGAAAAUGUUCAGAAUUCAUUUUGGGUUUAUAAAAUAGAGAAGAAUUCAUGGACUUGUGUUUAUCGGAAUGAGAACAUGGGAGAAAAAUACUGGAGUAAGAUGCAAGAUUUCGAACCUUGUCCACGUUUCGCUCAUCAAUUAGUUUAUGAUAAUAUCAAAAAAGUUCAUUAUCUUUUCGGUGGGAACCCUGGACGUUCUUAUCUUCCUAAAUUACGACUUGAUGAUUUUUGGCAGCUUAAAUUAUGUAAACCUACACAAGAACAAAUACUCAAACGAUGUAAACUUCUCAUCAGAAAGUACAAAUUUAAAGAGCUUGCUUUAAAUAAUAGCAUCGAGGCUCUUGAAUAUUUACAAAAAGAUAUUUCAGAAAUAAUUGAUCAUAAUGAUGUUAAACAAACGAAAAAUUUUCAAUUACUAACGUCUGUUUUAUUCUGUGAACAAGAUUUAUUAAUGCGUAAUUUAAAAGAUUCUGAAGAAUGUAAUGCAUCAGAUCAAAAUAAGUCUGAUAUAUUAAUGAAAGAAUUUCAUCAACGUCGUACCGAGCUUUUUGAUAAAUUAAUGAAAUUUUUUCCUGAAAAAUUGACCCAACCCCGUGCUAAUUUAACUGAUUUACUUCUUUUGUGAUACUAUCAUGAGUAGAUUGUUAAA